GCCUGCUGUUGCCUGGCGUUCGUGCAAGUUCAAGAAGAGCCAUCACGUCGCCGGCUCCUUUCACUCCAACUUUGAACUUGGACAUCUGACAAGUGUAGUCUAUUACAGAAGCCAUUUUCUUCAUCGCAAAACUCUUGUCUUGUUUCACGCCAUCAAAAUGGGGAGUUCGUCGCGGGAGCGGGCCAUGCCGUUGGUGCCGGAGCCAUUCAAGAACUUAUGUAUCUCCCGGCAGUCAGUUGUCUUCGGAAAUGAGCCCAUGGCCUCGACAUGGGCCAGAUUCUGCCCCAACCUUGAUAUUCCAAAAUAUAGGGAGCCUUUGAGUGACAAGAAGAAGACGGAGCUUGAUAAGAGGACGGCCAAGCUGCUCAGGAGAGCCAUAGGCAACCAGCUUCACAAGUCUUCCGAGUUCGGCUGGGAGGUGUGCGCCUGGCAUGAUGUUUUCGGUUUGAUCAUGGAUGACCAAGGGCUCAGAAUGGACAAGAGGCCUUACGAGUACGUAGGGACGGACGACAGGGAGCAAACCGCAGUGAAAACGAGGAUCCCAGAUGCGACAUUGGGUCUCAAAGCAUACGACGCCUUCGAACUCAGCCGCAGGUACACGUGUGCUGUUCCUGACUGCGAAGAAGAGCACAACACCAAGCAGCCCGACAAGAGGCUCUCCCAAGAGCGGCUUGCUGCCAUGAUGCACAACCCCGAGUGCGGCCUAAUUGUCGACGGCUCAUGGGGGAAUACCGACAUCGUGUUUCCUUAUGCAGUCUACGAGGCUAAGAAACGAGCGUCAAGUUAUGAAGCCGCUGAAGACCAGAUCUACCACGCAUGCAAGACAUACCUCGCCAUGUUGGACGAUCUGGCCCGGAAUCCAGACAAUGUGGCCGAAUAUCAGACAAAAGACAGCUCCAAGUACCAGCUCUUUGCAUUCACGUCUUGCGGUCCCUACUGGGAAGUCUACGUGGCUUGGAACUUCCUCGACAGUUGUCACGUCGAGACGAUCUGGGAAGGAGACAUCAAAGACUUCAGCCGCGCGUUCGAGUUGAUUUGCAUCGUAGACCAGAUCCACGAUUAUGCCGUCAACGACCAUCGUACAUUCGUCAUGAAGCACCUGGAGGCUUGGCAUGCCCGGCAUGAGAAGUCCCUGGGGCCAGAGGGGUCGUUACUCGAUAGAGCUGAUACACUUCGUGCCGCGGUUCAGGGAGGGGGCACCUCAGACGGCGAGGAUUCGGACACCUCUGCCAUGUCGAUCGACAUCGAGGACAUCAUCGGCCUGAUGGCUUCGGACGAUGAGAAGAUCCCCGAGUGGUUCCGUCUUAAGCAGAAGUCCAAGUCAGCGAGAGUAGACAAGGCACAACGGACACGGGCGCGGAACAGGAAUCUCCGCGCCCUCGCCCGGGACCGUGAGGUCAUUGACGCUGACCCGGGACCCGCAAGGGCAAAAGCGAAAGCCACGAAGGAGCGGCGAAAGCGCGGGCCCAAGCGUGGAUCGAACCCCGGGUCAAAGCCCGGGCGUGGUCGGUCACUGAAGAAGAGCAACAAGGUUGUGAAGGUGGCGGAAGGUUCUUCUCGCGGCACUCGCAGGUCCGCACGGUUGCAGGCCACAGUUAGGUAGGUAAGAAUCUGGACUGUCAAGGACAUGGGCAUUUAGCUUUCACGUGGGUAAGAAUAGGUCGGCUCUAGUGCGUGGACGACUGCGGAUCUGGGGAAAUCAGCUGGACCCUCAGUCUACAUUGACCAGCUGUCACCGGGACCGCCCGAGUCUCUGGGGCCUUGUCGGGCGUUGUGGUCAUUGAUGCUGUCCGGUAUAUGUACUCUGUUAUCUCCUUUAACCCUUCGUUUUCGGACUUUUGCCGUUGUUUUUGACCAGAUAUAUUCACAAAAUAUAACUUCGAAUGUGUGCAUGGAGUGCCCACGAAGGAAAGCCAA